AUGAAACUGCUGGGAGGAAUUCUCUCCAAGUCUUCGUCGUCAUCCACUGCCUCAUCAACUACCAACAGUGCCUCAAAUCCCUCUUCCUCCUCCUCGUCCUCAAAUAAUCUAACCCUUAGUAGCAAUAGUUUUACUUCUUCAGGUACCCUCAAUCAAUCGGUUUCCUCUCUCGGAACGAAUAGUUCCAUCUCAACCACAGCCAUACAACGAAGUAGAAAGGAACAGUUGUUGUUGGCAUCGGGAGAGUUUUGUAAUCAUUCUUCAUCAUCAUCAUCAUCAGUACCAACUUCAGUAUUCUCCUCAACAACAUUAUCAUCCUCGGGCUCCUACAAUUUAUCAUCAUCCACUGAGACUUCUCAAAGCAGUUCAAAAAAGAAGGCAUCUAAGAAAGCAAAACAGCAACAGAAAUCACUUCAACAACACACUCCCCAACCACAGAUACAAGCCAAUACCACAACUGCCGCGCUUAAUUUAUCCUCCUCUCAGAACAACAAUAACUUUUCGUCACCAAUUCCAACUCAAUCCAGCUCGUUCACUCCCAAAAAGCAAACUAACAACAAGGAUUGUUAUCAGCAACAGCAAUCAUUAACGUCGCCUCUAGUAUCCACGAGUAUCAGUACCAGCAACACGAACAGAGAUUUGGCCCAACAAAACAGUGAGGAUUUUCUUAAUAGCUUAUCUUUUGCAUUUCCUCAAAUUGAAUACGAAGAAGUCAUGAAAAAGAUUCAACAACAACAACAACAACAGCAGCAAAUGCAACGAAAUGUCACCACUAAAACAGAGAGUGCUGAAGACAACAACAUUACGGCAGAGAAUAUUGACGCCACAUCAGAUGGCUAUGAUUUUGAAUAUGUAAAUAGGGAAGAGGAGGAAAAGUGUAACAAGAAGAAUGCAAAGUCAUCCUCAAAAUGUUCAUCAUCGAAAUCUAACACUGCUGCUAUCACAAAACAUGCUGUGCCCUCAAAAUCCUCCGCAGUCAAUGAGAAGAAUUUGAAAACACCUCUCAAACAAAAAGUAGCAGACCACUCGAAUAGUCAAUCUAGCAAAUCGAAAAACAAACAAUCGAGUAGUGACACCGUUGAAGCUCCUUCUUCAUCUGAACCUCCAGGCUCAGUAACUCCAUCUAAGAGUAGAAUUUCCUUAAAACCUUCAACUUCAUCGAGACAACUGGCUAAGAAAAACAAAUCUCUUUUGAGAAACUCUGUUUCCAAGUCAUUGAGCAAUUUUGGUCCAAAAACAAGCAACAAUGCGUCUGAUCAGGUCAUUUCUGUCGUUAUGGAUUCUUCUCCAACCUACACUCAAGAUGAUGACAGUGAUGACGACAAUGGUCCCACCUCCAAUCAAACGACAAAACAAGAUGCCAAUAUCACUGCUAUGAACUGCCAUCAUGAUGACGACAGCGAUGAAGAAAUGGAGAAUAGUGAAGACAUUUCAACGCCCACAACACCCAACAAGAAGAGAAAGGCCAACGCAAGUUUUAGUGACUCUCCAGCAUCCUCAAAGAAAAAGAAGGAUUCUCUUAUGAUGGAUAGUGUUAUUAAGAAGGUCAUGGAAUUUUCCAUUCCUAACACGCCACAGCUUGAGGAAGAAAGCCCUGCACAAAGUACUGCACUCACCAUAUCGCCAUCUCUUUCGUACAACUCGGACUCGACAUGUGGCGAGCAAGUUGGAUUGGAUAUUUGCUCGACUUCACCUCUUGACACGCUGACGUAUGAGGGAAAUUUGUUUAGUACCGUCUCUGGAGCAUCCUCUUGCAAAGGUAUAGAUAUUAAGGAAGUGAACCAAAGAAUUAGUUCCCUAAUUACUGUCAUUGAAAAGAGAAAUGAACAAAUUGCUCAACGUGAUGCGCUCAUUCUACAGCUUUCUAAAGAAAAUAAGGACCUCAAGAAAUUCAAGAACAUGAUCGAAAAGUUGGAGGAUGUUGGUGUGGUGUUUUAUAUGAAAGCCUCAGAAUUGUGCUGCAAUGGAUUAAUGGCACGAGAUGACAAAUCCAAAGAUUCCAUGGAAGUGGUUGCUUCUUCUGUACAGCAAGGAAUGAGAUAUAUGAGAGCUUCGGCCGAGUUUGGAAAUGUGGACGCCAUGUUUGAGUAUGCAGAGUUAUUGUUAAGAUAUUCGAAAAACAGAAAGAACGAAGCUAAAGAAUAUCUCAAGAGAGCCAGUGAACUCGGUCACAAGAAAGCUGGAGUAUUUUUGAAGAGUUUAGAAAACAAGGAGGAGAAAGUUCGAUACGAAAAGUCUGUAGAGCACGAUCAUUUGUUUCUCUAUGGCAACGAUCCCAAGAAUAACCAUUCGAAAAAGAGGAGGUAG